CAGUCAUACAAUGGGGGAGGGUUUAUUUAGUGAGCAGCAUCUGGACGGGCCUCUGCUCUGUCCGCUGUGUGUUCAUCACUUAUUUUAGCAACACUGUGUCUGGUGUCAGAAUACACUAAAGUAACAGCGAUUUUGCUGACAGCUGUGUCAUACUUAAGAUGGAGUGAUAUAGGAGCUAAGGCUUAGAAAUGGAUGCCUCUCUUCUUGAAUCUCCACUGUCACCCCCAGCAUCACCUGUCCCCACAGCUUUCUCUGCAUCUGGGCACACCAUUCAUUCAAUGUCCUUUUCUUCGAUGCCUAGUCCCUCCCCUUCAACAAUGACUACACCCCCACAUCACGCCUCACAGACAGGUCGAUCCCAGUUGAAUGCAGCCAGCAACUCCCACACUGCCUUUCCAGGACAAUCACCUUUUCCUCUACAGGGGGAAAUCACAGAGGAACUGAGCAUAGAUGAUCUUAAACAAAGGGCAAAGAAUGGAGACACCAAAGCACAGACGGAGGUUGGUCGAUAUUACCUGAGAUUAGCUGAGCAAGAAGAUGAGGAAGUGAAUUCUGUUACUGCUGUUACAUGGCUGCUCCAGGCUGCGAAGAAUGGACGGAAAGAUGCAGUAAAACUGCUACAGCGUUGCCUGCAUGAAAGGAGGGGCAUCACAGCUGAGAACAGAGAGGAGGUGUGUUCCCUGGCAUGUGAAUCUCGUUUUCAGCGCAGUGUAAGGAAAGCAGCUCUGGUCAUGUACUGGAAACUCAAUCCAGAGAGAAAGAAAAACAUCACUGCCUCUGAACUUUUGGAAAAUGUGAGCCAGCUCAAUGAUGAGACAGAUGGUGCUCCCAGCAGCCCUCUCUUGACACCAACACAGAAACAAAGGAAAGUUUUGGAGAGUUUGGUUGCAAGAGAUGGGGCUGAUUAUGUAGGUGUAGAACAGUUUGUUGAGAAUACCAAACAAUAUGCGGAGGGUAUUUCCCCAACACCUGUCAUGGAAGGGUUUGCAGGUGAUGAUGAUGAUGAUGACGAUGAAGGACUAGUAAAAAACCCAGAUGAACUUCCUUUGCAUCAGAAGGUAUUGAAGUUUCCCCUUCAUGCAGUGAUGGAGGUGAAAGAGGUGUUGAUUGACUGGGCAUCACGUGCUGGCAUGCAGUGGAUUAGCGCUCUCAUACCUACUCAUCACAUCAAUGCCCUCAUCUUCUUCUUCAUCAUCUCCAACCUAACUUUGGAGUUCUUUGUCCUUGUCAUUCCCCUCAUUGUAUUCUACCUCUCCUUCGUGUCAAUGGUAAUCUGUACACUCCGAAUCUUCCAGAACAGCAAGGCAUGGGAGAACUUUAAAGCGUUGACAGCCAUGUUGUCUCAUUUUGAGCCGGGGAUCGACCUUGAGCAGGCAGAGUCGAACUUUACAUGGAAUCACCUGGAGCCAUACCUCUACUUCCUCCUUUCUGCCCUUUUCCUCAUUCUUUCAUUUCCAGUGGCAGACAAGUCCUGGUUGCCAUGUUCGGAACUGGCUACGGUUGCAGUUUUUUUCACUGUAAGCAGCUACUUAAGUCUGCGACCAACAGCACAGCAGCAUGCCAAAUUUGCUCUGCUCUCCCAGGUUGCCUCUGCCAUUUCUGAAUUCAUGAAUCAGUUGCUGGGAGGCUGGAUGGGUCGUAUACUUGGUGGCGCUUGGUUCAGCAUGCACCUUGGUGACUGCUUGGUACUGCAUGUGGGUGUGCCUUGUGCUCUGUAUCUCUACCUCCUCUACCUGUGCUCCCGUAUGGCCACAGCAGGUGGUGCACGUGGCACCUACUGUGUGCUGCUGCCCUACCUGGUGUGCUUCAUCUGGUGUGAACUGUCUGUCACGCUGUUGCAAGAGUCCACAGCGUUGGGGCUUAUGCGCACAGCUGUGGGCUACCUUCUUUUCUUCUUUGCUCUGCCCGUGUUAUCUCUGGCUUUAGCAGCUGUAAUGCUGGUGCAGGUAGUGCAGUGGUUCCUCGCCUUAGAACUGACCAAAAUGGUUGUAACAGUGUGUGUUUGUGUGCUUCCUGUCCUGCUGCACUGGUGGACACGUUUUAGCGUGUCGCCCUUGGCAGUGCUGCGCUCUUUGCGGCGUAGCAGUGUGGUCAAGUUGAUCCUUGUCUGGAUUUCAGCUCUGAUGCUCUUCAGCUGGUUCUACGUGUACCGUUCGGAGGGGAUGAAGGUAUACAACAGCACCCUGACUUGGCAGGAGUACAGCGACCUGUGUGGCCCUCGUGCCUGGAAGGAGCGUAACAUGGCACAUGCCCAGAUCCUCUGCAGCCACUUGGAGGGACACCGGGUGACGUGGGAGGGCCGGUUUAAGUAUGUCCGCGUCACUGAGAUUGAGAACGGUGUGCAAGCUGUCAUCAACCUUCUGCCUGUCUUUGUAGCGGACUGGGUUCGAUGUCUAUAUGGUGAGGAGUAUCCUGCGUGCGAAGAGACCCAGCCGGGACCUGCUGAACCACUGUGUCAGCUCAAGGCUCUUGCAAAGCACAAGUGCCAUGUAAAACGCUUCGACUACUACAAGUUUGAAGUAACUAUGGGGAUGCCGCAGAAGGGGCGCAAUGGGGCACAAGAUUUUGAUGAUGCCACCAAAGACAUUGUGCUGCGGGCUAGUAACGAAUUUCGGCGUGUCCUACUGGCACUCAGCUCAGGCAGCGUGGUGGAGUUCAGCACGGUACUUGAGGGUAGACUGGGUAGCAAAUGGCCAGUGUUUGAACUCAAAGCCUUGCGCUGCAAGACAUGUGCCUCACCUCUUGUACCAAUUCAACGACAGGUCAAGAUUGAACAGGACUGGAGGGGUAACGCCAGAAAUGCCUUUGCGUUCGCCUUCAAUUUCCUGUUCCACCCUGUGCUCUCAGCUGAGGUGGACGGUACUGUAGCUACUACAGAAGUGUCUGUGUGAGGCUAGUGGUUGACCAUUAGCAUGCACUGCAGUGCACAGACAGAAUUUCGAAGUGCAAGGAAACUAGUGAUAUUUGAUAAAGUGCUUUUGAUAAAAGCGCUAUUAAAACGCCAGAGGCGCUAUCAUCUUUCUUGUCUGUUUCAAGUAGGAAAGUGAUUGCUUUCUGUAGCACCUACAGCAGAGGUGCCCAGUAAUGUUCCUGGAGGGCCUUGUAAUGUUCCAGCCUGGUCCAACACAGCUGCCUCAAAGUUUCUAGUAAUCUUGAAGACCUUCGUUAGCUGGUUCAGGUGUGUUUAUUUAGGGUUGACUUUGCAUGAACGUGGUCCUCCAGAAGCAGACUUGGACACCCCAGUGCUACAGAAACCAAAGAAAAUGCCACUACAAUCUCUGAACAGUUAACUUCACCUUUAACUAUUUAAUUGAAAGUUCUUUAAAUAUGAAUAUGCAUAUCAUGGGGAGACUGAAAGCCAUGCAAAAUCUAAAAAAAAAUGGAAAAAAAAACAUGCAUUUGGACUACAUUUUUUCAUUUCUACAGUGAGAGGCUGCAUUGACUGGCUUUCCCUUAUUUUAUUAAUUUAUAGGGCUUUUGAAUGUCUGAUAUUAUAUUUAAUUUAGUUAAUGUAUUGGAAGAUAACUGUUUUGGUGUGUGCAUGUGUGUACCUGUGUUUUAUUAUUAUUAUGCCUUAGAUUGGUUCAAAAAAAAUCUUUUGAAGAGUUAGGUAACUCACAUUUUAGGGCAUAUAGAACAAAUUUGAAAAUGAUUAAUGAUUUUUCUGUGAAAAUACUGUACAGUACAAUAGAGUUUUUUAUUUUCUGUAAGUUUGAAUUAUUAUUGUCAGAUAUAUUAAUAAGAUCUAUUUGUGAUUUUAGUAGACAUUUCAAACCAUAAACAUUGCUGCACAGAUGUUUGAUCGCUUUGAAGGUACAAUCUAACCAGUACAUUGCACAAUAUUAAAACACUGUAUGUAGUGAC